GCCGACUGACAAUUUGCGACUUGCCUUCAGCCACCCUGCCCCUCUGCCCCUCUGCUGCCCCUCUGCCCAAUUGAUAUUGGGGCUUUUAUGCCGCUAGCAUUUUGGCGUCUUCUCUAGGCCACUCGGCCUCGGAGGAACAGUUGCCCAUGUCGCCCUCGCCUGGAAAUGCACAACAACCGCAGGAGACGAAGGGCACCGGCGGCCUCGCCGGCGUGUUCAAAGGCCUGGCGGCGGGGGGGAAGUUGACAAAAUCCCCGCCAGUUCUCCACCAACAACAGCCCUUCGCACCCAUCGCCCGCUCGCAGGCCCUCGCAGAACGAUCCGACACCGCUACGCCACUCCCGGCCCUUUACGGGCUUUCUCCCGAGCAGGCGGACGCUUUUGGACGCUUGAAAAAUGGGCAGUUGAACGAGCGGGCUGCUGCUGCGAACUCGCUACGCUACGCAAUCUCGGAUUUCCCUCUGAAUCCCGUCCGCGACAUUUGGCAUGCUGCCAAAGAUUUGGUCGACCCCCAGCACCCGGCCAGCGUUCGGCAAGCGGCCUGGGAACUUCUCUCCGAAUGCAUCAAGUACCCAGCUUCGACUGAGCUGGAGCGGCGCGAAUGCUUUGGCACUCUGGCCGGCCCGGCGAAUCCCGAGGACUUCCAUCUCCAGUUGGCCGCCCUCGAAGAUCUGACCAACCAUGGCCGCAAUGUCGCGGGCUUCUAUUACGAGAUCUUCCCGCUUCUGAGCCGGUGGCUGCAAGAGGCCUACCGGGCUGCGAGAACGGCCCGGAGACAGGCCUCUCGUGGGCCCGGAAGGUCGUCCCGAGGGAAAACCCUGGCGUCCGGCGAGGAUAAAAAUUUGUCCCAGCUGUUCGCGCUGCUCAAGGAUGUUAUCAAGUUCAACUUCAAGUUCGCCACGGACGACGAGGUCGGGAAUCUGAUGGACAUACUGCUCAAAAUCUGCAUGAACACGAGUGUCGAAGAUGAUCUGCUAGCAUGCAUCAACGUGAUCGACGCCGUGGUCACCUUUGGUGCCAUCCCGAACGACAAGCUGAAGGACUGCAUACAGGUGCUCAGCUCGAUCCACUGCUUGGUCCCGAACCUGCAAAAGGACUCGUGGCACACCGUAUCCAUCAUCUGCAGGUCCCACCAUGGCCAGUCAACCGUCAGGAUAUUACUGGACCUGUUGCAGGCGUAUCCGGCCUCCUCCGACAAGGAAAAGGACAAGGACGCGGCCAGGGAUGUCCGCGGUGCGCUUUCGGUUCUCAAGAAGCUGCUGUCCAAGUCCGCGGAAAAGGGCUACCCGGCGAUCCCCCUCGCGCUUCUUGUGGAAGGACUGGCCAACGUUGCGAAAAGCAGUUCCACAAGGAUAGCUACUGAGGUGCUGAAGCUGAUCAAUUCCCUGUUCGAUGGCCGCGAAGGCAACAUCAAUGCCAUCUUAGUUGAAGAGCACUGGUCGCCCAUCUUCUCCGUGGCUGCGCAGUGUGCCACAAAGGCGGUUUAUCCGCCGCCCGCCACGGACACCAGCGCGUCUUCGCUGCCAACCAUCGCUAAGGACGAAGGCGAGUCGGAAGACAGCGUAGCGGCCCAGUUGAAAUACCUGAUCACCAGGAUCGAGACGCUGCUCGCCCACAAAGACCCCGAUUUCUCGCAGCGGGAUGCUUGCUUGACGUUUCUCUCCCAAGUCCAACAAGCCCUGCCCGACUCCGCAGCGGCUCUCGUGGUUGCGCACUUGAGGGAGUCUCGCGCCUGCUUCCCGUCCGAAGUUGGCUGGAAGGAUAACCUCAAUCUUGCUCUGGACUGCUUCUACCUCAACCGCAGCCGGGACCCGCUUACUCGGCUGCGCGCACUGGAGCUCGUCAUUGAAGUGUACGACUUCCUGUGUCUUGCCGAAGAUCUCGUCGAGGAAGACUCGGUUGUGCAGCUUGUCCAGCGGGUACUUUCCGGGCUGCCGAAGGAGAACGAUAGCCUCGUCCUUCAGGAAACGGUGUCCUUCCUGGUCGGCGUCGCCGCAGCUGCAGGGGACUCUCUUUUCGAUGAUAUUUUGAACGCCUUCAAGGGCGUGAUCUCCAGAGAUAUGUCCAGGCCACCGCUGUCCGUGUUAGCGGCGCCAGUUCCGCACGGAGAUAGCACCUCGUACCCGCUCGGUCAGUCGGUCUACUUUGCGAACCAAAGCCUGUCCAACGUGGUCACAAGAGGCUACGUCCAGAUAUUCAUCCGCGCUCUGUCCAGUAACGGUUCGAAGGCGGCCCAAGCAUACACCGCGCUUGUGCACAUUGCUCGCUCGAACUCGGUUGAAACCGACGCGCGGCUUUCGGCGAUGAAGAUGCUCUUCCGGCUUCGAGCCGACUUUGAGCACCAAGUCUAUCUCACGACAUUGACUGAGAAUGAAGCGCUUGCCGGAACAUUAUACAGAACCGAAGCGUCUCUCGCACGCAAACUCGCCGAGGAUGCCUCGCAGCCCCCGAGGCUAUCAAGAGCGGACCACGCUGGAGGACGGCCGACGCGUGGUGUUUCGUUCACGCAGGGUCAGACGGUCGAUCGAGGGAUCCCGACCCGGUCGGCUUCCACUCCGAAGCCUACCAUCCAUCAGGGUCAAAGGCUCUGGUCAGUGCCCGACGCGGAUGCAUUGCCUGAGCCUCCUCCGACGAGGCCGAGCCACCUUCUCGUUACUUACCGUCGGGAAGCGAGCGGGAUGGGUGAGCGCGAGAACGGGCCAGCAGUCUUGGACAUGGGUUCGUGGCUAGAUGCACUACUGAGUCUCUUCCACCAGGGAUGCGACUGGGAGGUCUACAGCUUCAUCCUUGUCCAUCUCCCCGCUCAGCUGAGCAACCACCCCAUCUUCAGGGGCACCAUCUCCUACAUCCAGGAGCUCCGUCGGACGAUAUGCGAGAUGAUCCGAUCGAACGGCUUCCAGGAGCCACCGCAGUCGUCUGGUCUCCGCCGCACCGACGUCGCAAACUGUCUGUUUCACUCGCUCAUCAUGAUUGCUAGCUACCAUCAGCAUUUCCAGAAAGCGGACGAGGAUGAGAUCGUGAGGACGUUCAUGCAUGGCAUAUCCGACAAGACGGCGAAGACAUGCAUUCACGCCCUCUCGGUCUGCUGCCACGAGCUGCCCAUGUCGGUGGGGAAGUCGCUCGUCACCAUCCUGCAGAAGAUGUCGCAGGUCAUCACGCAGCCAUUGGUGGCGAUGCACAUCCUUGAAUUUUUGGCCUGCCUCAGCCGCCUGCACUCGCUGUACUCCAACUUCCGCGAGGACGAGUACCGCAUCGUUUUCGGCAUCUGUUUCCGCUACCUGCAGUAUGUGCGAGAGAAGAAGCUCGCCAUGCGUAGCAGCGUCACGAGCGAACCGGCGACUCCCAGCGCCGGCGUGGGGAGCCCGCUGGAUUUCCUGGGCCAGCAGCAAGCGGCUACCGACGACCUUCCUCAGUACGUCUAUGCACUCGCAUACCACGUCAUCACGUUCUGGUUCCUUGCCGUUAAGCUACCCGAUCGACCCAACCAUAUCGGGUGGAUUACCAAGAACCUAUUCACCGACGUCGACGGGAGUGCCAGUAACGAGGAGCACGCGCAGAUCACCCUCGACUUCAUGCAGCGCGUGGCCUUCUCGGAUGCCAGCGAUUCUGCUCAAGAUCCGCUUUUCAAGGAGCAAUACUUCGGCGAGAUCCAGAAGAAACGGUGGAUCAUUGGGAACAGCAUCGUCACGAUUCGGCAGGCCACGGGAUCCUCCUGGGCCGAGAUCACGCGUCGCUACCCAUCCGGCACGUCGUCGUAUGCGCUCCGCGUCGAGUUCACGCCGAUGCCAAACAUGCCAGCCCCUGACGGCUCCGACGCGGCCGCGUGGGAAGGGCGUUUUCAGCACGGCGUGACCAUCUUCCCAAGCCAUCUGUUGAUGCAAUUGCUGGCCCCGAUGCCUCAGAUGCACGACCCAUCCAUCCGGCCUAUUCCGCUUCCUGAUGACGAGUUUGUGGACCGAGCCAUCCGGCUCUUUGAUCGCAUCUCGCCAGUGGACGGGCACAAAGUGGGAGUCAUCUACAUCAAGCCCGGGCAGACGAAGGAGGCCGAGAUCCUCGCCAACACGAUUGGCAGCCCGGAUUAUCUCCAGUUUCUCAAAGGCUUGGGCGCCCUGACGAAGCUGAAGGGGGCGACCUUCAACACUCAGGGCUUGGACCGGGAGAACGACAUCGACGGACAAUACACGUAUUGCUGGCGCGACCGAGUCACCGAGAUUGUGUUCCACGUGACGACGCAGAUGCCGACCAACCUCGAGACCGACCCGCAGUGCAUCAUGAAGAAGAGGCACAUCGGGAAUGACUACGUCAACAUCGUGUGGAACGACUCGGGCUUACCGUUCAAGUUCGACACGUUCCCGUCGCAGUUCAACUACGUGUAUAUAGUGAUCACCCCCACGCCGCACCGUCCCUUCGCCUCUUCGCCCACGGAGCACGAUGAGGGCCUCUCCCGCUUCUGCAUGGUGCAGGUCAUGAGUCAGGCCGGCUUCCCCGAGAUCUCGCCCGCGGCCGAACCCAAGAUGAUUAGCCUCAAGGCGCUGCCCAGCUUCGUCCGGCUGCUCGCGCUCAACGCCUCGGUCUUCUCCCUCGUCUGGGCCCGUAGAGCGGCCGGCGAGCACGUCUCAUCCUGGCGCGAGCGCCUCCGCCAGAUCACCGAGCUGCGAAAACGCUACGGCGCCAGGGGCACCCAGACCGUCACGCCCUCGCCGCCGCCGGGCGGCAUCAACACCGGAGGAGCGGCAACGGCCGCAUCCACCGCCGGCGUGUCCGUCGUGGCCGGCGGCGGCGGCAGCGUCCCCCACCACCAGCUAGUCGGCCAGGGGCCGGGAGGAGGAGGCGGCAUCGGCGCGGAGACGGGCGGUGCCGCCGCCGCCACCACCGCCUCUGCCGGCUCGGCCUUGAGCAGCAGCAGCAGCAGGGCGGCAGGCGUGCGCGACAGCUUCAGCAGCCUGCGGCGGUCGUCGGUCGCCACCUUCUUCACGAGCGCCACGAGCGCGGACCAGUCGCACCGCUCGAGCAUGCUGUCGACGGUCACGACGGAGAACACCGAGGUGCUGCAGCCGAGCACGGCCGAGGCGCUGGUGGACUCGGUGGAUUUUUCGAAGUGGACUUGAGUCCUGGACGUGGUGGUCUGAUGCGGCUUGGUCGGGCUUUUUCUUCUCCCGGCUUUGGGCCUUAUGGCCCCAGGAAGAAGGGGGGCAGGUUGGAAUGGUAUCAUGACGGGAAGGGGAAAAACAAACAGGGUUUCGGAGCUGGGAACGGAUGGGAUUGGAGUCAGAUGGAUUGACACACGAGGGUUUGU